AUGGCCGGGGCGAUGGCGCCCGCGGGGCAUACCUUCGCCGCUGGCGCGGAGUCGCUGGACGCUCCGGGCGCCGAGGCGGCUGCGGCGGGGGAGCCGGCGAAGGAUGCGGAGGCCGAAGACCCAGGCCUGAGCGCCAUCACGUUGCCCAGGGAGGCGGUGAGGCGCAUCGCGAGGAGCGCCGCGCCGCCCGGCGCCCGCAUCAGCAGCGAGGCCGUGGCCGGCCUGCAGCGCGUGGCCCAGGCCUUCGUGCUCUACGCCACGGACCGCGCCCUCGCGGAGGCGCAGGCUCGGGCCGGGCCAGGAAGAUGGGCCGUGGGCGGACGCUCGCAGCUGCCAAGAAGACGACGAUCGGCGUGCAGCACGUCAUGA